AUGCCAUCCUCCUCGGCUGCCUCCAGCCCUUCUACCACCACUAGCCCAACCCUCCCCUCCAUCACCCACUCCCUCCUCCAAACAUCCCUCUCUCUCAAGCGCGACUUUCGCUUCCUCAAACUGACCGUCCGAGUGUCCGAUUCCAAACGUUCCUCACUUGAAAUCGCCUUUGAUGCAUCCGAAACCCACAAACUCCUCCGCACCUCCCUUGCCCGACUCAACUCUGCAACCCGAUGCUUCAUCCGCGAUGCCAAUGUUUUGUUGGAUGAGGAGGUGAAUCGGUCUUUUGAUGCUUAUUUACGCCGCUCGGAUUUCUACUCUGGAAUUCACAGAGAACAAGAAGAAGGACAAGAAGGAGAGGAAGAAGGAUGGCAUGUUCUAGACAUGACUGCCGAAGAAAAAGAGACGAGAAGAGAGUUGAGGAGGGUACUUGGGGUGGUGGAGGACUUGAGAGGGGUAUUUCUCAAGAAGGCCGGGAAGUACGUGCUAAAAGGGGGAAAAGGAAAGGUAAAACAGGAUGAUGAUGGUGAGGUGGAUGAUCUGGGAGAUUUGGUAGGGGUGUUGGGUAAGUUGAAUGAGGAUGGAGAUGGGGAGGACGAUGAGGGUAAAGAUGGAAAGGCUUCAAGUUUGGCACCUGACGAUAACAGUGUCGUCGUCUGCAAUAAUACUUUUACAGUCGUCGUCACAACGGGGAUUAGGUCUCGACAUUGGUCCCCCUUCCCACCUCCCCAUCACCACCCAAUGGACACUCAUCAUCGGAGCAGCGUCGACCGACGACCAUACCUUUCCAUUUCACCAACUGAGAAGUUAUUGAGGCCGAAAGGUACAUUCGACAGGAAAGAAGAGAUUGAACAAAGCACACUCUCUCAAACAAACAUUCCCCAGAACCACCUAUCAAGGACAAACGCACAGACACAUCACACCCCCUCCCAAGUCUUCCAUCCAUCUAUCACCAUCAUCAUGUCUUACGCCGGACACUCCAAAGUUGGCUUCCCCAACAUCUAUGAGGAUGGCGAUCAGCGUAACGUUCCUACUGACGAGGUCGAUAACCUCGUUCAGCACAGCGGAAAGAACAUAAAGGCCUACCGCCCUCGGGAACAAGCCGCCGCGCUCAACGAACAUCUCGUGGAAGAGACUCAAAAGUUGAGGGAAGAGGCUAUGAAGAAGGAUCCCACACGUGCUGCAGAACUCCAUGGUAACAAGCCCUGCAAGGGCGCUCUCAUUGACAAGGAGUUGGCGGAGGAGGAUGCGGCGGAGUUGAGGAAGAAGGAGCAGAAGCUCAAGCAAGGAAUUGCUGGAGCGACCCAUUUCAAAAACAAACACCAUCACCGUAAGAAUGAGGAGGAGGAGCAGUGA